AUGAAGAUUCUGUCUCUUCCCGCCCUCCUCUUUUCACUCGUCUCCGUAAGCGAAGCCAAAAAGUUUCAGAGAUGUGAAGUAACUACAACUAUGAGAAAAGCUGGCUUGGAUCUCUAUUAUGGCUACAGCCUGGAGAACUGGAUCUGUAUGGCUUAUUAUGGAAGUAAAUUCAACUCAGGAGCUGUAAGCGGCUCCAACAGACAUGGUAGCCAGAACUAUGGGAUUUUUCAGAUCAGCAGCCGUUGGUGGUGCUCCGAUGGGAAAGGCAAAACGGCCAAUGGAUGCCGCAUACCCUGCAGCAAGUUAAUGGAUGAUGAUCUCCAGGAUGAUAUUUUGUGUGCCAAGAGAAUUGUCCGUGACCGCAAAAGGAGGAUGAACGCCUG